AUGGCGUCCGAUUUCUGCGCUGGAUACCUCAGCGGCGCGAUUGGGAUUAUCAUCGGGAACCCGCUAGAUGUGAUUAAGGUUCGGUUACAAGCCGGUCACAACUCUGCAGAUGCAGCUGCAGCUGCAGCAUCGAAGCAACGCUUGAGCCGCUUCGAGCUUGCGCGAGGAGCUGCAGCUCCUAUCCUUGGAUAUGGGGCUCUCAAUGCCGUCCUUUUCGUCGCCUAUAACCGGUCGUUGAAGUUUAUGGAUAGCUCAGUCACGGACCCUACAAACCCGCAGGGCAUUCCUCUUUACAGGCUCUGGAUUGCCGGUGCUGUAGGCGGCCUGGCUAGUUGGACCAUAUCAUCUCCGACAGAAUAUAUAAAAUGCCGUGCCCAAUUAGAUAAUCGGCCCGAGGUCUCAUCGUGGACCGUUGCGAAAGACAUUGCUCAAACCCGUGGCUGGAGGGGCCUCUAUUACGGAGGGGGGAUUACUAGUGCCAGGGAUUCUAUUGGUUAUGGCUUUUAUUUCUGGUCCUACGAGUAUUGCAAACGACUUGUGGCCUCUGAAAAUGAUGAUGUUCAUCAAGCCGCGAUAAAGGUGCUUCUCUGCGGAGGCAUUGCUGGCGUCGCUACCUGGGCGUCGGUUUUUCCACUGGAUGUGAUCAAAACCAGACUACAAGCGCAAACCAGCGGGAUAUGUCCUGAGAGCCGGCCGCUUCUGCCGUCGCAGAACAACAGGCGGGAACUGAACUCCUUCCAGAUUGCCAGGGAAGCAUAUCGGAACGAAGGCAUGAAAGUCUUCUAUCGCGGUCUUGGGGUUUGCAGUAUCAGAGCAUUCAUAGUAAAUGCGGUCCAGUGGGCCACAUACGAAUGGCUUAUGAAAGCCUUCACUAAUGUCGCUUGGAAUGAAAGUUUCAUGCCCGAAAAUGCUCAGGCACACAGAUGA